GUGACCACUCGGUCAUUUUUUUUCUGUAUUCUCUACUGCUUUAGAUAAUUAUGGCGCGGCACAGGACGGGAACUAGAUGUUGCAAUGCUUAUCAUUCCUCAAAAAAAAUGGUGCUAGAUAAAGGUGUACAAACAAUGAUUAUAAUGUCCAUUGUGAAUGCAUCCAAUCUCUUAUUAGUAAUUGUAAAGGGCAUUGUCGCCUAUCAUACGGGCAGCUUCUCUAUAGCAAAUUCUACAUUAGAAACUUUUGGUGACGUAUUCGUCGGUUUCCUUCUUCUUCUUCAGCGAUUACAGGCAAGAAUCGUGAAUCGCGACAAGUUUCCACGCGGACGCGCUACAGAAGCGCUUGCAAAUGUAGUUGCUUCAGUAGUGAUGAUCGUCCUAGCAGGAGUGAAUGCUGUGCUCAAUAUCGAUAGGUUCUUCGCAAAUAAGUUCGAUCCCCAUCUGGAACUUGAGGACAUAUUUGUGGUGGCAUUCAACAUACUACUCAAGAUGGCCUUGUUUGCGAUCUGUUAUACACGAAAAGAUGAAGAGCAAGUGAAUGUUCUUCUGAAGGACCAAGGUGUAGACGUAAUCACAAAUAGCACAGCUGUACUGUUUGCAGUAUUCACUAGAUAUUAUCACAAGAAUUGGGAUAUCGUUGGAGCCACCAUCAUAUUUCUUAUAAUAUGCAGAAACUGGCUCCCCAUCCUAUUCUCCAAUUGCAAUAGAGUUCACGGCAUUGCACCAACGACCUCAAAAAUGGAUGCUAUCUCAAACGUCGUGAAUGGACUGCAAGGGAUCGAAAAAGUUCGAAAGCUUGUUGCUUAUCAUCGAGGUCAAGCUGUUAUCGUCGAACUGUACGCUCAAGUCAACGAGUCCCUUCUGGCCACGCUUGAAGCUGAACGUUUGAAUGCUGCACAAGCUUUGGAAGAAAUUGAGUUCGUGGGCACUGCGUAUGUCUUUUACGAUAUAGGAGAGAUUGCUACCACAAACGUUUCGAAGACGGAUCCGGCAUUACCAGGGAGUCCCGACGAAAGCGAAAUCAGUGAAGUAAAGGAUGAAGACACUCUUCUUCGUACAGUCUAGAGCAAUUCAAGGAUCUCAGUUGCACAUAAGGGUGAAGGGAUUCGCAUACAUCCAUGUAUAGUUUAUUCGUCACAAGCGAGAUGUGUACAUAAUAAAAUGAGG